CUCGGUGCCGCCGCGGGUCCCGGUGCGGCGGGGCGGUGCGGGGAGGCGGCGCUGGGCGGGCCCCGGUGGCGGACCCGCCUCCAUCCAUCCCCCCCGCCCUCCCCGCCCGGUGGCAGCUCCGGGCACGGUUCGCGGGAGCAACUUGGCGGCUCGUCCCCGUGGUGCCUGUGCCCGGGCCAGCGCGGCCAUGGCGGGCGGGCGGCCCCGCUGCCGCUAGAGCCGCCCGAGCCACCGGAGCCACCGAGAGCCACCGGAGCCACCGGGAGCCACCGGAGCCGCCGGGAUGAGCGCUCUCGCCUUCGACGACGCGGCCCUGGAGGGGCUGGCACCGUCCCUCGGCCUCUCCGGGGCCAGCGACAUCGACACGGCCCUGCUCAGCGACAUCGACGACAUGCUGCAGCUCAUCAACACGCCGGACAAUGACUUCUCGGGGCUGUUCGACUCACCGUUCAGUGCCCCGSACAGCGCCGUGCCCCCGGGGCUCCCCUCCACGCCGGGCACCCUCAACACCUUCCUGGGUCCCAGCAAACCGCCGCCCCCCGCCGCCCCCACCGGUAGCGCCUACGCGGGGCCCCCCGGCAUGGCCACGUUCGGCCCGCAGCCCCCGGCCCCGCUCCUGCCGGCGCCAGCGCUGGGUGUCAAGGAGGAGCCGCCCGUGGUGCCCAGCAGCCAGCCCCAGCCCCAGCCCCAGGUGGUGGACACGGAGAAGCUGCCCAUCAACCGGCUGGCGCCCAGCGGGAAGCCGGUGCUGGUGCAGAGCCGGGGCGAGAAGCGCACGGCCCACAACGCCAUCGAGAAGCGCUACCGCUCCUCCAUCAACGACAAGAUCGUGGAGCUCAAGGACCUGGUGGUGGGCACCGAGGCCAAGCUCAACAAGUCGGCGAUCCUGAGGAAGGCCAUCGAGUACAUUCGCUUCCUGCAGCAGAGCAACCAGAAGCUGAAGCAGGAGAACCUGGCCCUGAAGCUGGCYGUGCAGAAGAACCAGCCCGCCAAGGACCAGGGGACCCCCUGCAGCCGGGGRGCUAAGGCAGAGGUGCCCAUGGAGGUGGUGAAGACGGAGGUGAUGGAGAUGCUGACCCCACCACCCUCAGAUGUGGGCUCACCGUCCCACAGCAGCCCACCCUCGCUCAGCGGCGGCAGCAGCAACAGCAGCAGCGACUCCGAGCCUGAGAGCCCCCUCUGUGCCCACGGCAAGGUGAAGCAGGAGCACCCCCCGCCCUCGCCCAGCAGCCAGGGAAUGCUGGACCGCUCCCGCAUGGCCCUCUGCACCUUCGUCUUCCUCUGCCUCUCCUUCAACCCCCUGGCCUCGCUGCUCCGKGGUUCUGGUUCUUCAGCCCCUCUGGGGAGCCAGGACACUGCUGGUCCUGGCAGGAGCAUCAUGGCUCAGUCUGGCACUUUGGAGGAGCCCUGGGGGUGGACGCAGUGGCUGUGGCCCACUCUGGCCUUCUGGGCGCUGAACGCGGCGCUGGUGCUGGGUGCGGUGGUGCGGCUCUUCGUSUGCGGGGAGCCCGUCACCCGCCCCCACUCCGAGCCCUCCAUCCUCUUCUGGCGGCACCGCCGGCAGGCUGACCUCGACCUGGACCGGGGAGACUUCGCGCAGGGGGCUCAGCACCUGCGGACGGCGCUCGGGGCGCUGGGSCGGCCGCUGCCCGCCUCCCACGGGGACCUGGCCUGCAGCCUGCUCUGGACGCUGCUGCGCCACCUGCUCCAGCGCCUCUGGGUGGGUCGCUGGCUGGCUGCCCGCGCUGGGGGACUGCGCCCGGACCCCCCGCCCGCCGCCCACGUCCGCCAGAGCGCCCGCGACGCUGCCAUGGCUUAUCACCGCCUGCACCAGCUGCACCUCGCCGGGAAGCAGGCUGGGGGGCACCUGCUGGCCAUCAACCUGGCRCUGAGCGCCGUCAACCUGGCUGAGUGCGCCGGUGACGCCAUCUCCGUGGCGGCGCUGGCCGAGAUCUACGUGGCAGCUGCCCUGCGCAUCAAGGCCAGCCUGCACCGCUGCUUCCACUUCUUGGCGCGCCCCUUCCUCUGCAGCGCCCGGCGUGUGGCCCUGUCCCACGGUGGGGCCGUGCCCCCCGCCAUGCAGUGGCUCUGCCACCCCUUGGGCCACCGCUUCUUCGUCGACGGGGACUGGGCGGUCAAGGGUGUCCUCAGGGAGACCAUCUACAGCUCUGCUGGCAACCCAGUGGACCCRCUGGCACAGGUGACACAGCUGUUCCGUGAGCACCUCCUGGAGAAGGCGCUGUGCUGCGUGGCCAUGCCUGAGCCCGGCCGUCCCGCUGCCCAGGGAGAGGGGCGGUUCUCUGACGCUCUCGAGUACCUUCAGCUGCUCAAUGGCUGCUCCGAUGUCAGCGGCACUCCUGGCCCCGUGCCCUCCAUCACCUCCGGCUUGGCGGCUGUCACAGGCACUGACCCCGUGUCCAAGUGGUGGGCGUCCUUCAUUGGCAUCGUUAUCCACUGGCUGCAGGGAGAUGAGGAGGGGGCUGAGCGCCUCUACCCGCUGGUGGAGACCAUGCCCCGGGCACUGCARAGYUCUGAGAAGCCCCUUCCCCGYGCUGCCCUGCACUCCUUCCGAGCUGUCCGUACCUUGCUGAGCAAACAGGACGGGAGCCAGGCCACGCUGACCCACUGUGAGAAGGCCAGCAGCUGCCUGCGGGAGAGCCUGGAGCUGGGCAGUCCCCCCAAGGGCACCAUCGACAAGGCGGUGCAGUUCCUGCUCUGUGACCUGCUCCUGGUCACCCGCACCAACCUGUGGCAGCAGCAGAUGGGCGCCAGCCAGCAGCGCAGCUGCCUCUACCAGGCGUCCGCCCUGGAGCUCCGCGGCUUCCAGCAGGACCUGAGCAGCCUGCGGCGCCUGGCACAGACCCUGCGCCCCGCCAUGCGCCGGGUGUUCCUGCACGAAGCCACCGCCAGGCUGAUGGCCCGGGCCAGCCCCACGCGCACCCACCAGCUGCUGGACCGCAGCCUGCGGAGGAGAGGGGUGCAGGGCAGCAAAACAGCUGGAGAGCCCGAGAGCCACCCCACACCACGGGAACACGCCGAGGCGCUGCUGCUGGCCUGCUGCUACCUCCCGCCCAGCUUCCUGGCGGGCCCGGGCCAGCGCGUGGGGAUGCUGGCCGAGGCAGCCCGCACGCUGGACAAGCUGGGUGACCGCCGGACGCUGCACGACUGCCAGCAGAUGAUCAUCAAGCUGGGCAGCGGCACCACUGUCACGUCAGGAUAGGUGGGGAAGGGGCCGCCAGCCCCCUGCCACCCCCGUGGGUGCGGGAUGUGGGACGGCGGGAGGCCGUGCCUCAGUUUCCCCGCAGGAUGGUGUCAGGGAGCGGUUCUGGAGGUGAAGGGGUGGGUGGGGAGGGGUCGGGUGAUAGCCGAUGUGGGUGCGGGGUGGAGGUUGCAGCGUGGGGUGCCUCGGGUGGGCUCCCCCCCCACGGCCGUGUCCGUGUCCCCAGCCCGCGUGGGGGACGGGGCGAGGGGCCCUCUAGUGACACUGUCACAGUAUUGCAGGGCACCGGCACGCGCGGCAGCGACCCCCGGUGCCACCAGAACCCCCCCAGUGCCACCUGCGUCCCCCCGGUGUCACCUGUACCCCUCAGUGCACACGCUGGGGGCCCCUUCUGGGGGACUCUGCCCGGCCCCCCGUGGGUCCCGCUGUUGUAGGAACAACAGUCCCCUUGGGUUCGGGGCUUGGUUUUGGAGGUUUGGCCCCACGGCAGCAGUGCAGUGCCCCCUCCUCAGCCAUGCCCACGGAAGGCAGGAGGGGACCCCCACCCCGUUCCCCCCACCAGCACUGAUCCCCCCCAUUAAGAGCUGCCACCACCCCGGAGCAUGGACAGAUUUYGGGAGAAGGGAUGGCACGGGGUGGCACGGGGCUCCCGGGGGGCUGGUGGGUGCCCCUGUGUCCUUGCUUCACCCCCUCUUGUACAUAGACCCCUCCCCUCGCCUCCCCCCACUCCCCUUUUCCCUUUUUAAACGGUAUUUUCAUAGUUGGAGAGUUUUGUACAGACAAUUAAAGCUGAUUAUUUAUA